GGCUGCAGCACGGGCUCUCCAUGAGCAAGCGGCGGCGACGACGGGUGCGGCGGCACCGGCGGUUUUCGGUCCCCGGGGAGGAUGAAGACACUGUUUGAAGAGAUCAAAGCAUCAAUUAAAAAUAACUAUAACCAAGAUCGCUCAUUUUGGAGGCCUGUUCUUCCUUGGGGAGGUGUUUUUACUAUCAAAGCUGGCCGCAAAGCAGUAUCCUGUACACCACUUUAUGUUGAAAUAAGACUGAAAAAUACCUGCACCAUAGAUGGAUUCUUGAUGUUACUAUAUGUCAUUCUUAAUGAAAAUGAAAAUUUCCCCAGGGAGCUCUCUCUUCAUUUAGGUAGAGAGUUUGUAGACUGUUUCCUUUACUUAAUGGACACCUACAGUUUCACAACUGUGAAGCUACUUUGGAUUUGGGACAAGAUGGAAAAACAGCAAUACAAAUCUGAAGUUCAUAAAGCUUCAUUAAUAAUUGAUUUAUUUGGUAAUGAGCAUGAUAAUUUUACAAAAAAUCUUGAAAAUCUCAUGUCUACCAUACAAGAGAGUUACUGUUCCAACUGGCGAUGCCCAACUCGAGUACAGGAAGAUCAGCAACGCACGAUUAAUAUAAAUCCUCCCCAAGAAAUUCCUCAUGGAAACUUGAUACGACUGGCUGUGGAUGAGUUAUUCUGUUCCAGGAUUGAACUGUGUGAAGAGAGUGGAUGUGGUGGCUUAAGAGAAUUUUCCCAGCGAGUUUUCUGCCAUGGGGCACCCCCUUUUGUUGUCUUAAAUAUGCAGCAUUGGAAAUCUGAAGAUCUAGCAUAUGUACCAUAUUACUUGGAUUUAUCUGAUCACAAGUAUUUGUUGGAAGGUGCCACAUUAUUUAACAAAGAGGAACAUCAUUAUUCUGCAGCUUUCCAGAUUGAUGGACAUUGGAUGCACUAUGAUGGCCUCAGAAAUGUGAAUUUAAUUUUGUUAAAUAAACCCCCAGAGUUUCUCCUCUUGUCAUCAUUGGUUUAUAUUCGAGCAACAGAGAAAUAA